AAUCACACGGCGCAGAUCUGCAAAGCUGACGCUGGCACGCAAAAGAGACCCUUAAUAGACUCGUCGUCACUGCAUAGAUCGAGUAUCAGGGCCAUUUUGUCGGCUGCAGCGAUGGCGCGCCACACAUUUGCAAGACUAGCUGUCUUUGCGCUCGCUGCAAGGCCUGCUGCCGGCCUGGCCCUUGAUCGCCGCGCGGCGCUGCGCUGGAGCGCCGGUGCGAGCGCUGGUCUCGUCGCGGAGCAGGCGCUCGCCGCCGACGCGCCGGCCGCGGAGCCGCCCGCGGCACCGCCAGCCGCAGAGCCGAAGCCGGCCCCCGCGAAGCUUUUUGACGUGACGCUCCCCUUCAAGGGGAAAGACGUCCCUUUGUCAAAGUUCCGGGGCGACGCCCACCUCGUGGUCAACAUCAAGAUGGACGACCCCGUCGCGGGCGCGAAUUUCAACGCGAUGCGGUACGCCGCGAAGGAGUACCCCGGGCUGCGGGUCUGGGCCGUCCCCACGGAGCAGGGCUACUACGAGCCCGACGUGUCCGAGUUGGUAAGGGCCAAGGCCUACCAGCAAUUUGGCUUCGGGACGUACCCGACCGCGGUGGUCUUCGACAAAAUUGACGUUGUGGGUUCGACGCGGCAUCCUCUCUACUCAUACUUGGCCACAUAUCCCGACCCAAACGGCGUCGGGCGGCUGUCGCUGAACUUCGAGAAGUUCUUGCUCGACAAGGAUGGCCGCAUACUGCGGAGGUAUCCCCGGAAGUUCACGGCUUUUGAUUUUGAGGCGGACAUCAACGCGGCGACGAACGGUGAACAACUCCCGGCACCCUCAGCCCAGUUCAAGGACGCCUGGGUCAAGGCCGCGAGCGACGCGAAGAAGGGCGAGUACUCCUUCCGGGGCAACUACAACGUCUGGGACCAGUCCGAGCCGUCGAAGGACUGGGACGGGCUGGCUGAUUUAGGCUUUACCUAAACGUCGGUGUCU